CACGUUCAGUCAGUCAGUCAGUCACUCGGUCGGUCGGACCAGUCCAGUCUCCAGUCAGUUAGCUAGACAUUCCACCAUCAAAAAGGAUCAGUAUUACAGCAGUGUGAUGAAAAUUUGGUGUUUUUACCGUGGUGGAAUGAGAUCCGACUAGGAUUGCGUUUUUCGUGGGAUUUCGUGUUUGAUAUUGGAGGAUUUCAAUCUUUCGACAGGAGUGAUGUGUUCAAUCGGCUGAUGUGGACUGGAAGUAAUGGCCAAUGGGGACAUUUGUCGAUUUGUUGGGCUGGGCGACCCAGCAGCAGCAGCAGCAUCUGUAAUGUGGACUGUGUCAUAAUGGUGAAAAAAUUUGCGUGAAUCACGGUGGGCCAAUAUCAGGGCAGUCGAACGCGAUGCGAUAAAUUGAAAACAGUUCCUGUGCAGAAGAUAUUGAUUGUGUGAAAAACGGACGAUUUUCGGCUCCCCUUGCCCCCCUUGUUGGGUUGUUCCAUCAUUCUACCUUUCGGUUGAUCCCCCUGGCACCCAGUGUUACUUACCACCUCAUCGAAUAGCAGCUGGCUUCUGAUUUGAGAGAGCGGGAGAGGCAACCCUGGUGGCUGCGAUAGAUGCGACGACGAGAGUACCAGCAUCGAAUCGUACCGACGAGAGACUGAGUUCCACGGGAGAGAAAGGACGACUCACGAGGUGCGACAAAGCAGAGAACCGUGCAAAUUUUCUCGGGAAAACAGCACACGUGUGUAGGUAUGUGCUAGUGUGAGUUUGUAUGCGGUAUGAAUCAGUGAUUUUCCUCACGAACCGGUUCGAAGGAGAUUGUCCUCAGCCUCUCGCGAUUCACGAGGACGACGACGGUUCGCCUGUUUUUGGCUGACUCUUCGCUUACUGCUCUGCUGGAGUGGUGUGUAACUGUUUAGGGCGGUUCCGCAGACUGGUGACUUUGCUCUGCUCCGUUGCAGAAGUGAUUCUUAAUUUUCUAGAUUGAACUAGUAGAAAACUGGCCUGAAAUGGUGCUUAAAAGAUGGUUAAAGUGUUGAACAUUUCUGAAGAUGUGGUGAUUUGAGCAGGACUACAGUACAGAACGUACAAAAGCUCCAAGUCUGUGAAGUGGGUCGUCGCACCAGGACGAAGAAAAUCUGUGAGGAUCGUGUAUAAAACGAGUAACGACACCGUUCGCUUUGAAUUAAGCACUGCAAAAUAAUAAAAGAAAACAGCUGAACGAAAACGAAGAGAAACGAACUCACAGUUGAAAUCGCCAGAAUCGCGUCUAUGAAAGAGUGAAAAAAUUGUCCCCUUCCCCUUACUAGAGCCAGUCAGUUUGAAAACAAUAGAUAGUACGGUAGCUAUUCAAAUCCCUUCGAAGCAGACGAUAUGAAAAUUGUGAUCUAGUGAAGUGUGCGAGAAAUAAUUCAAAACUAGACAACGUGCAUCCAAGAAAAAAGUAGGUUAAAGAGUGAACACAAAAAAGAAAAACAGAACCAAGUGCUCGUUUCGAUUGUUGGGUUGAUCAAAACUUCAAAGAAUUUUUCAGCAAGCAUAGGAAGUGUGUGAAUAUUAACCACAAACAUACAUAGGCUCAUCACUCGCGUAACAUAACGAUACGAUAGUGCAGUGGAAAUAGUGGAAAACACGAAAAAGAGAAACUGGUACUGUAUAUCUCAGUGGUUGAGCGUGGAAAUUAACCGAGUUACAUAUUUUGGUGACGCUGCUACCCAUGGAACGUUGAAAGUUAGUUAUCAACGACAAAAGAGGACGAGCGAGCAAAAACAAGUGUCGGCAGCCGCAUUGUGAAUCCGGUCAAAUUCCUUGGCCGUUGAUGUUGCAUUCAAAGUCACUCCAAUCAAAGAGUGCAACAGCCGGAAAUUGCUAGAGCGCAACAUUCACUGGAUGGAGGAAGGAGCUCCAGGAAACGCCACCCUCGGAGAAUGACGAAAACUGUUUGAAAGCAUUUUUUCGCCCUUUCAUCAUCUCUCCUCCUUGCAGCUGUUGCUGUAGCUGUUGAGUUGUCAGAACCAGUCGACGAGGAAUAUACCGGCAGGACAGGCAACCAUCACAAAUAUAUACUUUACGGUCAAGCACGUUGGACUGGGCCGGGCUUCAUGAGAAAUACGGACGGAAGUGUAGUGUUGAAAGUGUUGUGCUUGGAUCGUCGUCUUGGGGAAGUGAGGUCCGAGGUCGCCAAGAGGUGCGGGGUUUCUUCGGGCAAUUUCUAAAAGUGUGCGGAAUGGAAAAGCAGCAUUGCUGAGGGAAAUUGUGAAUAAACAGAGCAGUGGUGCGCCUUUGGUGAAGAAUAAACGCUCGAAGCUGUUUGCCGGUGGAAAAAUUCAAACAUUGAAUUAGGUGAUUAAGCGAAAGUGCGGUCUGUGUAGUUGAUCGAAUUCUAUUCUCGUAGGAAUCUCUCGUUAGUGAAAGUGACUGGGUCAAUCGUUGUUGUGUUUUUUUUAUUUGAAAUUCAUCUAUCCGAAAUUGUCGUCUGCAUCACUCACCGGGCCCUUGUGAAGAAGGACCAUUCUUCUCAUCAGCAGGAGCAGCGCAAUUUUUAACAUUAUUGGUGGAGGCUCGAAAUGGCUGGAUUGUCUAUUAAGCCGGCCGUCUCCAUGUUAUGGCGGCAAACGGCGACCCUUCGAUGAUCUCUCCUCCGUCUUCCAUCUCGAACGGCCCGGAGCCACAGUUACCGCCGUUGCCACCGCCGUUACGUUCGACACAAGUUCUUCAGCCGCUGUCCGUGUUUCCAGAUUAUUUCACCCGCAUUCCAGUUACAACCUUGAGUCAGGAAGCUACGUAUGAGUAUGUCUUUGGAGGGCCCCUGGACUCGCACGCCCUGUCAUCAACGCUUAAGCUGACCUCACCUCCAAUACGACUGCGCCCAGACGUCUACCGUUCCCAAUCGAUCGACUCGCAGCGCAGCAGUGGCGUAGAUGAUGGGAGAUCGUCAUCCGCUCAGCACUCACAGCAUCACCGUUCAUCCCGUGCGAGUUCACUUAAGCGAUCAGGAUACGUAGGAAACGACGGAACCGCUUCUAUUGGCUCCCGGAAGAGCAAUCGUAGCGAUGGGGAGGACGAGGACUCACUGCGUCAAUUGCUUAUCGAGUUGCAGAAGCAGGUCAGCGUGAUGAGUAUGAAUCUGUCGGCUAAGUUAGAUGAUCUGCAGAGGGGUGACCGGCACUUCGAGACCACGGUCGCCCUCUGCGAGAUCCGAACGCAACUGCAGGAGCUUACCAAAUCGGUGGAGAGCUGCCAGACCGAGGUCUCGGAGGUGAAACGUGAUAUGGUACAAAUCAAGCAUGAGCUGGAUACCGUGCAACAGGUGAAGGAGGAGAUCGAAGAGUUGCGGGAGUAUGUGGACCGGCUGGAGGAACACACGCACCGGCGAAAAUUACGCCUGCUGGAGCAAGGUCUCACGUUCUUCCUGACGUAUGCCAUCUUUGCGGCAGUCCUCGGGAUGCUUCAGUUCGGUUACAACACCGGCGUCAUCAAUGCUCCCGAGGUGAACAUCGAGAACUUCAUGAAAGAUGUCUACAAAGACCGCUACGGCGAAGACAUCAGCGAGGAGUUCAUCCAGCAGCUCUACUCGGUGGCCGUGUCGAUCUUCGCCAUCGGUGGUAUGCUCGGUGGCUUCAGCGGGGGAUGGAUGGCCAAUCGGUUCGGGAGGAAGGGCGGUUUGCUGCUCAACAACGUGCUCGGUAUCACGGGUGCAUGCCUGAUGGGAUUCACGAAAAUGAGUCAUUCCUAUGAAAUUUUAUUCCUCGGAAGAUUUAUAAUUGGUGUCAAUUGUGGCUUAAACACAUCAUUAGUACCAAUGUAUAUAUCUGAAAUUGCUCCAUUAAAUUUAAGAGGUGGUUUAGGUACCGUUAACCAAUUGGCUGUGACCGUAGGAUUAUUAUUAUCACAAGUACUGGGUAUAGAACAAAUUUUAGGAACAAAUGAUGGCUGGCCCGUGCUGUUAGGGCUCGCCAUCUGUCCAGCUUUAUUACAAUUAAUACUCUUACCUAUUUGUCCCGAGUCACCUAGAUAUUUACUAAUUACGAAACAGUGGGAGGAAGAAGCGCGGAAAGCCCUGCGACGGUUAAGGGCGUCCAAUCAGGUAGAGGAAGACAUCGAAGAGAUGCGUGCCGAGGAGCGAGCGCAACAAUCGGAGAGCAGCAUAUCGACGAUCGAACUGAUAUGCUCUCCAACGUUGCGGGCGCCUCUCAUCAUCGGAAUUGUGAUGCAGCUGAGUCAGCAGUUUAGUGGAAUUAACGCCGUAUUCUACUACUCAACGUCGCUCUUCAUGAGCUCAGGUCUAACGGAGGAAAGUGCUAAAUUUGCCACAAUAGGAAUCGGUGCAAUAAUGGUUGUGAUGACACUCGUAUCAAUACCACUAAUGGAUAGAACCGGUCGACGAACACUGCAUUUAUACGGAUUAGGUGGAAUGUUUAUAUUUUCAAUAUUCAUAACGAUAUCAUUUUUAAUAAAGGAGUUUUUUGGUUACGUGCAGGAAAUGAUCGACUGGAUGUCCUACCUGUCUGUGGUGUCAACGCUGGCGUUCGUGGUGUUCUUCGCCGUCGGGCCGGGCUCGAUUCCGUGGAUGAUUACUGCCGAGCUGUUCAGCCAGGGGCCGCGGCCAAGCGCGAUGGCCAUCGCGGUGCUCGUCAACUGGAUGGCGAACUUCGUUGUUGGAAUUGGUUUCCCAAGUUUAAAGACUGCCUUGGAAAAUUAUACAUUCCUACCGUUUAGUGUAUUUUUAGCAAUAUUUUGGAUAUUUACAUACAAAAAGGUUCCUGAGACCAAAAACAAAACGUUCGAAGAAAUUUUAGCUCUAUUUAGGCACGGGAAUGGAAGAAAUCUUCGUGAUAGUAGACUGUACGGGAGUAUGCUAAACUGCGUAAAUAACCUGGAGCCGCAGAGUAUGAACUCGGGCAUCGAACGUGCCGCGCUGAUGAUCUCCGAGGAAAAGACCCAGCACGACUCACUGUUCGGAACUACGGGAACGCUGGACGGUGAGAUGGGGCCUUAUCCGGUAGGGGACGGCAACCUGCUGGGGCCCACUUCGCGGGUAUUUGGCACGACGGGAACACUGGAUGGAGAGAUGGGCCCAUAUCCGGUUGGCGAUAGCACUAACCUCCUGGGGACGCAGUACUUUAGCACCGGGUAUGGCACCGAAGCCCUGACAAUCGGUUCCGGCCGGCUCAACUACGGAACGACGGGACCAACCGUGGUUAGUACAACUUGUUCACCGAUGCCAAAACGAAGGACACCCGGUGUAGGCCGGAGAGCACCCCUGGGGGCUGGUGGGGGAGGAGGCGGUGAUGGCCACGAAACAGGUGGCGGAUGUUCCAACGGCAGUGGGAUUGCCCCCCGGGAUAGCUUUCGUCGGCAUUCGGCCCACGGACGGAUAGUGUGUUCAGCUGCAUCCGAGCGUUGUUCCGAAAACGCAAGAAACACUCAAAUGCGAACUGCUACCUGUGCGCCCCAUCACCAUCAUCAGCAAGUACCUGUCUGCCAGAACACAGGGCCUUGACUGAAGAGCAC